AUGGAUCCUGCUGCAAAUGACAUACCUGGAUUUCUUGAUAGAGUAGAACUAACAUUUGAAGAAGUGACCAUGUUGACCAGUGAACUUCCCAUGUCUGUCACUUGUACUAGUAAAUCAGCACGAGGACUGUUGUAUGAUGCAGAAGUUGUCCACAAGUGCUGCAUUGCAACAGAAAAGGAGUCAAGGAGCAUCAGCAGCCAAAUGCGAGGCUUCUCUAUCAUGGAGUUUGCCCAGAAAUUAAAAGCAUCAGUUGGGUGUGAAGAGUCUGGGUUGACUCCUAGUGGUCUGAAACUUCUGUGGGCCAAGGUUUGUUCAUUAAUUUGGGUGACACCUAAGGCCAAGUACUUGUAUGGUACCUUUGAGAAGGGCCUUCCACCUCCCAAGCCAAAGCGUGUUGUCAAAAAUGCUUCCAGGACAAAUGAUGGACCUGUGGUUAUACCAGACAUUUCAAAGCAUCUUGAGAAACAGGAGGAUACUGGUACUGUGGCUCAAGUCAACAAUGUUCAUCGUUGUAUCAUGAGGGAAUAUAAGGAGAAUGGGUGUCAGCCAAUCCUCUACUGGAAAAUCAUAUUGAACCCGGAGUCCUUCACGAAGUCCAUUGAGAAUAUGAGUCAUCUGGCUUUCCUCACUCAGGACAAAUCACUCAGAAUGAGCCUUGGUAUGGAAAAGGGCAAGAAAAAACACUUAAUGGCCUGA